AUCUUACCUAUCAAGCUAGCUACCAUGACUUCUUCAACACACAACUGCCUUGGAUGGGCUGCCAGAGAUUCAUCCGGACUUCUCUCUCCUUAUAAUUUCAGCCGCAGGGUUGUUGGGAGCGAUGAUGUUUCACUAGAUAUUGCUUAUUGUGGCAUCUGUUAUGCUGACGUUCACUGGACAAGGAAUGAAGGAGGAACAUCCAAGUACCCUUUAGUGCCUGGACAUGAGAUUGUAGGAAUUGUGAAAGCCGUUGGAUCCAACGUCCAGCGGUUUAAAGUUGGUGACCCUGUGGGAGUUGGAACUUAUGUUAACUCUUGCAGGGAGUGUGAGUAUUGUAAUGAAGGAUUAGAAGUUCAGUGUUCAAAGGGAUCUGUUUUUACUUUUGAUUACGUAGAUGUGGAUGGUACAAUCACUAAGGGAGGAUACUCAAGUUACAUUGUUGUUCAUGAAAGGUAUUGCUAUAACAUUCCUGAAAAUUACCCUCUCGCUUCAGCAGCGCCAUUGUUAUGCGCUGGAAUUACUGUGUACACUCCGAUGAUGCAACACAACAUGAAUCAAGCUGGUAAGUCUUUGGGUGUGAUUGGACUAGGUGGUCUUGGUCACUUGGCUGUGAAGUUUGGCAAAGCUUUUGGAUUGAAUGUGACAGUUUUCAGCACCAGUAUAUCAAAGAAAGAAGAAGCUCUUAAUCUUCUUGGUGCCGAUAACUUUGUGAUCUCAUCUGAUGAGCAACAGAUGAUGGCACUGUCGAAAUCAUUUGACUUCCUGAUUAACACUGCAUCCGGAGAUAUCCCAUUUGAUCUGUACUUGUCGCUUUUGAAGACUGCUGGUGUUCUUGCUUUGGUGGGGUUUCCUAAACAAGUGAAAUUUAGCCCUGCAAGCCUAAGUUUUGGUAUGAGAAGCAUUGCCGGAAGCAUAACUGGAGGAACAAAGCUGACACAAGAAAUGCUGGAAUUCUGCGCUUCCCACAAAAUAUACCCAGAAAUUGAAAUAGUUCCAAUUCAGUAUGUGAAUGAGGCUCUUGAGAGAUUAAUAAACAAGGAUGUUAAAUAUCGUUUCGUGAUUGAUAUUGGUAGCUCCCUCAAAUAGGAUGGAUGAAGAUUGGGGCAUCUUUUUUGUUU